ACUCCUCCCAGGAAGUUCCAGCUGCAGAUGAAGUAUUUCAGGGACACGCUUGGGACGGCAUGUGUGCAAAUGCAGCCUGGGCAGUUGUGCCAGACUUUCUCAACGUAAGGCAGUGUGGCCCAGCUUCAUGUCCGUGCCCGUAGGCGUGAGACAGCAGGAGCCGUGGCAUGCUCAGGAGAGCAGGACCGUCUCUGCGUCACUUCUUGCUGGAGAGGAAGAGCAGUGCUGGAUAUAGCUCAUACUCCAGCGAGGCAAAAAUGUUAAGGCCAGUGCAAGCUCGGAGGCUGGAGGGAAUAGAUAAGAAUGUAUGGGUGGAGUUUGUAAAACUGGCUGCCACCUACUCCACAGUGAACCUGGGCCAGGGCUUCCCUGACUUUUCCCCACCGGACUUUCUGAAGGAGGCAUUUGCGAGAGCCCUCAGCAGGGAGAACCACAUGCUGCACCAGUACACCCGUGCCUUUGGCCACCCACCUCUGGUGAAGAUCCUAGCCCAGUUUUUUGGCAAGCUGCUUGGACGAGACCUGGAUCCAAUGACCAAUGUGAUGGUGACUGUGGGAGCGUACCAGGCCCUUUUCUGCUGCUUCCAGGCUUUCAUUGAUGAAGGCGAUGAGGUGAUAAUCAUUGAGCCCUUCUUUGACUGCUAUGAGCCAAUGGUGAAAAUGGCUGGUGGGAUGCCUGUGUUUGUCCCGUUGAGACCGAAAGCUCCUAAAGAUGGAAAGUUGAUGUCUAGUGCAGACUGGCAGCUGGACCCAGCUGAACUGGCUUCUAAAUUCAGUGAACGGACAAAAGCCAUCGUCCUGAACUCACCCAACAACCCUCUGGGCAAGGUAUUCAGCCGAGAGGAGCUGGAGCUCAUUGCAGACCUGUGCGUGAAGCAUGACAUCCUGUGCAUCAGCGAUGAAGUGUACGAGUGGCUGGUCUACGACAGGAAGCAGCACAUCCGCAUCGCCAGCUUGCAAGGGAUGUGGGACCGCACGGUGAUCAUCGGGAGUGCUGGGAAAACCUUCAGUGCCACUGGAUGGAAGGUCGGCUGGACCGUGGGACCCAACCAGCUGCUGCAGCACCUCCGUACCGUGCACCAAAACUCAGUGUACCACUGCGCCACGGUUGCCCAGGAGGCUGUGGCUCAGGGUUUCCAGAGGGAGCUCGAGCUCUAUGGGAAACCAGAAAGCUAUUUUGUCCAACUGCCCAACGAGCUGCAGCAGAAGAGAGACUGGCUGGUCCAGAGCCUGGAUGCUGUGGGCAUGAAACCCAUCAUCCCUGAGGGCACCUACUUCUUGGUGGCAGACAUCUCCAAGUUCAAAUCUGAUGUCCCUGAUGUUCCCGACUCAGAUGAGCCCUAUGACUCCAGAUUUGCAAAGUGGAUGGUCAAGAACAAGGGACUUGCUGCCAUCCCACUCUCUGCUUUCUACUGUGGAGCUCACAAGAACAACUACGACCAUUUCAUCCGGUUCUGCUUCGCAAAGGAGGAAGCCACACUGAAGGCAGCAAAUGACAUAUUGCAAAAAUGGAAACAGGAAAAAACUAGGCUGACGCAGCUCUCUGGAGUCACCUAUGCAACAUCUGCAUUGCAUCCUGCAGCAGUGGCCGUUGGUCCCACCCAGGCUGGUGGGGUGGGCGUGGCCGGGGCGCGCGGGCGGAAGAUGGCGGACGGCGGCGCGGCCAAGCGGGUGCAGGUUGAGGAGAGGAAGGUGGACUGGCGGCGCUGGAAGCAGGAGAGGAAAGCGGAGAAGAAAAAAUGGAAGGAAAUAAAGCUCCUGAAGAAACUAGAGAAACAGCGGAUGCGGGAGCUGGCAGAAAAACAAGCCGAGAAGCAGGAGGAGCAGAAGGAAGACAAAGGGCGUCACUACACGCUGAGUGUAGCCCUGCCAGGCUCUAUCUUGAACAAUGCUCAGUCGCUGGAGCUGCGGACGUACCUUGCUGGACAGAUUGCCCGGGCCUGUACCAUCUUCUGUGUGGAUGAGAUCAUAGUGUUUGACGAGGAUGGAGAAGAUGUAAAGACUGUGGAGGGGGACUUUGAAGGAAUUGGGAGGAGAGGCAAGGCUUGUGUGCAGCUGGCUCGGAUCCUGCAGUACUUGGAGUGCCCUCAGUACUUGAGGAAAUCCUUUUUUCCAAAACAUGAAGAUCUGCAGUUUGCAGGGCUACUCAACCCCCUGGACAGCCCCCACCACAUGCGGGUGGAUGAGGAUUCAGAGUACCGAGAAGGCAUAGUGUUGGACCGGCCAACUAAGCCAGGCAAAGGCUCUUUUGUUAACUGUGGGAUGAAGAAGGAGGUGCAGAUUGACAGACAGCUGAACCCUGGUCUGCGAGUCACUGUGCGCCUGGAGGAACCCCAGAAGCCAGAAGCUAAAGUGCGGAAAGGCACCGUGGUGUCCUCACACCACCCUCGGACAGUGUCAGGCUUGUACUGGGGUUACACUGUCCGCCUUGCGUCCUGCUUGAGUGCUGUCUUUUCAGAGUGCCCGUUCAAGGAAGGCUACGACCUCUCUAUUGGGACCUCAGAGCGGGGCAGCUCUGUGGACCAGGCCACUCUCCCCUCCUUCAGGCAUGCCCUUGUCGUAUUUGGAGGUCUUGAGGGCUUGGAAGCUGGGGUAGAUGUGGACCCAAACCUGGAGGUCACCGACCCAAGCGUCUUGUUUGACUUUUACCUGAACACCUGUCCCAGCCAAGGCAGCAGAACCAUCCGGACAGAGGAAGCACUGCUGAUCUCUCUGUCUGCACUGAGACCUCACAUCGAUGAGGCUGUGAAGACACCCAGUGACAGCUGAGCGAAGGAAGAAACCACUGACCUUGCCACCAGCUGAGGGCUGCCUUGAGGAAGUGGCUCUUCAAAUGCAGGUUGCUGGGCAGAUCAUUCCAAGCAAGAGCCUGGUGGGGCCAAGACACAGCGUGACUAAAGCUGGCAGUGCUGCUUGACCAAGCGCCUGGCUGCUUUUGGGACUAGUAAGUCUGUACCUUCCUGUGACCCCACAGUCCAGCCAAGGGCUGGCUGUUGCCUCUCAGCACUGGAACAAGCCUAGCAGCAGGCUGGGUCUCAAUAAUCCAGAUGUCUGGGGUGGGGAAUAAAGCAACAUGGAGCCUCA